ACCAGAGCCCCGCCUGUCUGAAAGGCCUCCUCCCUCGUACCCGGCUCCGCCCCUGUGUUCGUGGUUGAUGGGGAGACGGACGGGGACCACUUGCGCUACGAAAAAAGGCGAGCCCGUGUACGGCUCUCCGAGAAACCCCAUAGAUACGAGCGAACUCGCGGCAUGAGCGCGGCCGCCAUUUUACAUCAUCUACAGUGGAGGAGCAGAGCCGGACCUACGCCGGGAGUCGUACACUUUUCUCCUUUUUUAAUACCCUUCCUUCCGAAAUAAUCUAUACCACACACCUUAUUGAAUCAUCGGCAGAUUUCUGGAGACAUGGCCACAGAACAUGUUAAUGGAAAUGGUACAGAAGAACCCAUGGACACCACUGCUGCAGUUACCCAUUCUGAACACUUCCAGACUUUAUUAGAAGCUGGUUUACCACAGAAAGUUGCUGAAAAACUAGAUGAAAUUUACAUAGCAGGUUUGGUAGCACACAGUGACCUAGAUGAGAGGGCAAUCGAAGCUUUGAAAGAGUUUAAUGAAGAAGGUGCACUGCAAGUUCUACUUCAGUUUAAGGAGAGCGACCUGUCACAUGUGCAAAAUAAAAGUGCCUUUUUGUGUGGAGUAAUGAAGACUUAUAGACAGAGGGAGAAGCAGGGGACCAAAGUCUCAGAUUCCAGUAAAGGACCAGAUGAAGCAAAAAUCAAAGCUCUGCUGGAGAGAACCAGCUACACGCUCGAUGUGACAACGGGUCAGCGAAAGUAUGGCGGCCCUCCUCCAGAGUCUGUGUACUCGGGCGUACAGCCAACAAUUGGUACAGAGAUUUUUGUCGGCAAAAUACCAAGAGAUCUGUUUGAGGAUGAGCUCGUGCCCUUGUUUGAGAAGGCGGGACCUAUUUGGGACCUGCGUCUGAUGAUGGACCCCCUCAGUGGCCUAAACAGGGGCUAUGCCUUUGUCACUUUCUGCACUAAAGAGGCUGCUCAGGAGGCAGUUAAGCUGUGUAAUAACAAUGAAAUUCGACCUGGCAAACACAUCGGAGUGUGCAUCUCUGUAGCCAAUAACAGACUGUUUGUCGGCUCAAUCCCCAAGAGCAAAACAAAAGAACAGAUUAUAGAGGAGUUCGCAAAAGUCACAGAGGGUCUUAACGAUGUCAUACUGUACCAUCAGCCGGACGACAAAAAAAAGAACAGGGGCUUUUGCUUUUUGGAGUACGAAGACCACAAAACGGCAGCCAUGGCCCGACGCCGGCUAAUGAGCGGCAAGGUGAAAGUGUGGGGCAACGUGACUGUGACGGUGGAGUGGGCGGAUCCCAUCGAGGACCCGGACCCAGAGGUCAUGGCCAAGGUGAAAGUUCUGUUUGUACGGAAUCUUGCAAGUACUGUAACGGAAGAAAUACUUGAAAAGACCUUCAGCCAGUUUGGAAAGCUGGAGCGAGUAAAGAAACUAAAAGACUAUGCCUUCAUUCACUUUGAUGAGAGGGACGGAGCAGUGAAGGCGUUAGAUGAAAUGAAUGGUAAAGACCUGGAAGGAGAGCUCAUUGAAAUAGUUUUUGCUAAGCCCCCAGAUCAGAAGAGGAAAGAGCGCAAGGCUCAAAGGCAAGCGGCCAAAACUCAAAUGUAUGAUGAUUAUUAUUACUACGGCCCCCCUCAUAUGCCACCUCCCACGAGAGGGCGAGGCAGAGGAGGCAGUCGGGGAGGCUACUCCUACCCCCACGACUACUACGGCUACGAGGAUUACUACGAUUACUAUGGCUAUGACUACCACAAUUACCGCGGCGGAUACGAGGACCCCUACUACGGCUACGAUGACUUUCAGGCCCCCGGCAGAGGACGAGGGGGCAGAGGCGCUCGGGGCGCCUCGCCAGCCCGGGGCCGCGGGGCCGGCGCUCCGCGGGGCAGGACCAGCUUCUCUCAGCGGGGCGGUCCCGGAUCGAGCCGAGGGGCGCGCGGUGCCAGAGGAGGCUCUCAGCAGAGAGGCCGCGGGGUACGUGGUGCGUGGGGCGGCCGCGGUGGAAAUGUAGGAGGCAAGCGCAAAGCUGACGGGUACAACCAGCCAGAUUCCAAGCGCCGCCAGACCAAUAAUCAGAACUGGGGCUCUCAACCCAUUGCUCAGCAACCGCUCCAAGGUGGUGAUCAUUCUGCAGGGAAAAGGGGUCGAGGCCGGUCCUGACCUGUUACUAUGAAGACUGACUUGCAAUGUGGGGUUACACCAGAAGCUGCCAAUGGAUGUGAUGGUAAGGUCCACACAAUGGUCCAAUGAUAUUCCAGCCUUACAGAAGCAUAUCUCCCUGACUGCCACCUUUUGAAAGAUCAUCAAUGGAGCGAAUUCAAGAUGUGUUACUUGCUUGGACUUUACCACAUAGUCAUAGGGAUAAAAAGCCUUGCAUUUAGCCAACUUGUUUCCCACUUUUCCCCUUGUGUUCCCUGCUCCCACCCCCCAAAGAAUAUGCCAUUUUAAGAAGAAUCAACAUAUUCAGAUUUCCUAAAGGAAACUCAUCCUGAAAUGAAAUGUAAAAUGUAUUUUGCACUUUGUCUUAGUUUGAAGUGGCUCAAAGGAGCUUGAUGCUAUUGUAUAUUUUUUUUGUGCUAAUUGCAGCUUUAUGUUGGAAUAUCCAUGUUAAUCUAAAUUGAUUUGGAUAGGUUUGAAAAGAAUGUUAGCAGGUUUUAGGUGUAACCACCUGGCAUGAAUAGUCAGGCAUUCCAGGAAACAUGGUUCUUUUCAGAACUUGUCUUUAAAGGGUUGGUUAACUACCUCAGUACAGAGGAUUAAACUGCCCUGUCUGUACUGUAAAUAGGGGAAAUGAUUUGAUGAAAGCAGGGCCUGUUCCCAACUAAAUAUGCACAAGAGCAACGGCAGAACAGAUGUACUUAAUGUAAUAUAGUCAUUUCGCUGUUGCUCUGACACUGCGAACAGUCAAACUGGGCAUGUAAAAUACUCUCAUAUGAUGAGCCUGAACAGGCCCUGCCUUCAUCCUAUUUGAACUGAAUUAGCUGCCUUGCUUCUUCAGGUGAUGUAGUUACUGGUUGUAUGAUAGUUUAGAAAAAUGUUACUUUUGUAAAAGCUCAGACACCGGAAAAGAAUCGCAACUACUUUUUGAAUAUCUCUGCAGUGUCCCUUUUCUCAAUGGAAGACAGUGUCUAACUUUUUAUAAUACUAACUCAUCUUUUUUUAUUUUUUUAAGCUGCGUACACAAUUAUGUUUGGAAGCCAUCACAAUUCCAUUUAACAUUUCCCCUAAUCAUGUGCAACAUGAAUGAUCAUUAACAUCAAACCAGCUGCCUUUUGUCACGCUCGUUGAACGUGGCUAAGUUGUGAAUUCUCACCAUAUUGAGAAUGUGUUGGAAGCAGCAUCAGGCAUCAGCCAGAGAAGACUGGUGGUUUACCAGUUCAAAGGGAUACUGCAGCUUUGAUUUUUAUUCCAUGAACUGCAAAAAAAACGAAAAAAAAAACGAAAAAAAAAAAACAACAAAAAAAAAAAAAAAAAACCGAAAAAAAGACUGAACAACUUACCCGGUUUUUGUACACAGUUAACUCCCUCUCAGUACGUCUGUAUUAUUACAAACCUUUGAAAAGAUGUUACCAGUUUUAAACUAUUGUUGGUGGCCAACAACCGUUUUUGCAUUCCUGCAAAUAAAUUGUUUUAUACUGUAAGAUGAGGUGAGUGUAACUUAUUUUUGUAAUAAAGUUUUUGAUUUUUA